AGCACUAAAACAACAUCAAGAUAAAGGAGAUGCAGAAAACAGUCGACACAGAGAGAGCAUGAAUGAGGCUCGCUGAAAAGCUGUCUGAAAGGAGAAAGUGGUAAACUGCACAUGGACGAAUGACGUCUUCCUAUUGUGUGUGUGUGUGUGUGUGUGUGUGUGCGUGUGUGUGUGUGUGUGUGUGUUCACAAUUUACUCAUCUGCUGCUGUGAUGACGCUGUGAAACGUAGGCACCAGGGUUUAAAGUGUAUGUGAGGGAACAUUAAUGCGGUAUGAGGAGUGAAUGGUGCCACUAGAAGCCAGCCUAGAUCUGUUUCUGGAGAGGGACUUAAUGUUUUAUUCUUAUUUCAACAUUUAAUUAGUUGGCUGCAAUCUGCUAUGACGCCACCAGAUGUCAAUAAAUUCUACCCAUUAGGUCCUUAAGUUUCAAAUUGGGUUGUGAUGCAGCAUUUUAAAUUUGCAGCUACACUUUUUUGUAACUGGUAAUGUCUUUACAGAAGACAUGUUUCAACUUGUUAGCAUUCAUCACUAUUAUAAAUAGGAAAUAUGCUAUUUCCUCAAGCUUUAUAAAAGUGUGGCUAUUAAAGCUAAUUGACCAUAUUGCUGCAUUCUGGCUCCUGUAACUUGUCUCUAUUUUUUUUUUAGUACCAUUUAGUGCUUCAAGCAUCAACCAGCUUCUGUAUUUAAAGAUGGAUGAACCCUCUGUGCCAUCAUCCAUAUGUUUCCAGUGAAGCUCAGUGCGGUGGCCACGUCAGCCGCCAUCUUGGCAGUGUGCGACUCCUCCCAAAUCCUGGCAAAAAUCAGAAAUGGGCAGUGUGUGGGAGCCGUUAUUUGAGUACUUGGGUACAUUAAAUGGUAGCUUCGGCCUCUAAGUAAAAAAUUUGUCACAUGGUACUAUCGACACAAGGAGUCUCAUUGUCUGAGGAAAACCACAUAAACAAGAACAUAACAAAAACACAUGACCCUCUCAGCUGAGCCCCAGAAACAAUUCAAAUAAUCUUUACCAGUAUUACUGUACUAUAACUAUUACUAUAACUCCAGAUUUAUUACAAACAAGCCGCUACAAAUUUCUAUAUAUAUUGUGCUUUGUUUUAUUUUUUGUUCUUAGAAGUGUUUUAUUCUUGCAGCUCACGUGCCAGAAAUCGCAGCCUGGGGACAAAUAAAGACCUGCCACAUGAAGCUCUCAUGGCUACUACUCUACAUUUCCACAGCACAGCUGCAGGUUCAUGAUACAUGCUGGAGGGCUAACAUGCUAAGUUAACAAAAGACACAGUGAAGCAGGACAUAAAUAUUGCCCUGUUGCCCUGUUGCCCUUUCUCAAAACUGCUGCACUGACACCUGCUGGAAAUUUACUAGUACUACUGAAAUGGACUCAUCCAAUUAAUAAAAAGAGAUGUGACAAAUGGUUGUCAUUUUCUCUAUAACACAGCCUCAGUUUGUUCUCACACCUAAGAAUUUGCUUGGUUGAACCUGGAGAUGUUUAAAAAAUGUCCAUCUGGAUGAAAAAUAUUCUCUCUGCUGCAGAAAAAUAUUAAAAUAACAGAAAGUGAGUUAGACGAUGUCCAUUUUUUAUACUCAUAGGUCAUACUAAUAGCUAAAAAUCUUUAAAUUUUAAACUUUAUUUUAAAGAAAUACCAAACAAAUGCUUGGGUCUCAGGAGGUUUGUCUUGGUGGUUAAGAGUCGUGUUCAGAAUGAUGAUAUACCUACAUGUUUUCAGAUAUUGCAACAAUAGAACAAACUGAGUGGCUCAGAUUUAAACACAUACACAAUGCAGAUUUGUUUUAUGCUCUGAGAGUCUCUGCAAUGAAUAUUUUGCGUCCAAUACAAACGUUAAAUAUAAAAAUCUUUCGCUCCAAGUGUGGCACCAACAACCCUCCAUACACUUCCGCUGGCCUCACCUCUCCCUGCCUCUGUGUGGCACGAAUCACGCCUCCUACCAGUGAGUGGGCUGCAAGUCAAAUUAGCUCUCCGUCAUCGUGCUCGCCGUGCACACCGGAGGCUACUGCGGUAAGAUGCGACGACGCACGAAGCCGAGCCGCGGCGGAUGAGGUGAUGCGCAAUGGCCGAACGAGUCGGAGACGGAGACGGAGAAAACGUCCUCUGUUGUCUCGGGCUCUGAUUUCAACGAUGGGACAGCGUUGGAUUCAGAUUUGACUCAUUUGUAGCGUCAAGCAGGCCGUCUGGAAAGAUGCGGUGGCUCUGAUCCCACUUCAGGAUGCUCCGGGAGGGAGAAUAGGAUUCAUCUGUAAACAAUAAGGAAGAAGAGGCAUUAAGUGAAGGGCACUUCAUUUAAAAAUCAAAAAAUAAAAUCAAAAACCCUGGAGCCUGAGACGCACUGAGGCAUCGAUUCAGGUUGUUCUGUGACGGCUGAGUUGGCCCUCGGUGACGAGAGGCCAGCCGACAGGGAGGGUAGUUCUGAAGCAUCAGUCUGGAAGAAAACCAACUUCUCAUAGCUUCUCUCUCAUCUGCGCUGACAGCUGGACAUCUGACCUGGAGUUUUUUUUUUUUUUCCUCUGAGAUAAAGAGGAACAACUCUGAUUCUGAUUUUCUUUUUUUGUCAGACGCUGUCAGAGCGAACGGUUCAGAGAUGAGGUUAGCAGGAGAGUCGUCUCUCCUUUGCAUCGCGACAAAAAUAUUUUCUCCAGUGCCGCUGUCGGAAUCAGUCAGUGAAGAAUUCUUGAGAGUAUUUCAGCUCUUUCAUAAUGCCAGGUGUAGUCUCUCUGUACUGUGAUCUUUUUACCUCUGAGCUGUCGGGCUCUGAAUCGGGAACAGGCUCCUGAUAGUGGCUGCGUUUCCUCUCAUAGAUGAGAAUUCGACUUGACCUGACAGGCUGCAUUUUAAUAAAGAAUAAGCGAGGACUAACCACUAAAACAUAGAUGAGGCCGACAACAAGCACCAUGCUGCAGCAGAACAACAACAACAACUACCCCUGCCUGAACGUAUCGGGCUCCACCCGGGAGAUGCUCCAGAAGUGCUCCAGAGCCUCCCUGCCCUUCCCCAGCCGACUGGAGCUGGGUCUGGGAGACCUGCCGCUGAUCAGGGGUCUCCGAGCCUGGGCUCUGUGCUCCAAGAACCGGCGCAAGGCUGGUAGUCUUCUGGGAGCGGGGCAAGCCCCAACAGCUCCUCCUGCUGGACGCGGGAGCUCCACCUCCUGCCCCAGGCCUGCAGACGUGCACCUGAGCGGAGAGUGGGGUCGGAUGGGAUACGGGCUUCCCCUGGGGGUGGACGCCAGACAGGCCGGAAUCGGAGCUCUGGUAACGGUUGCAACUCUGAAGACCUCGGAGGGAAGCGGGAAGACGCAGACCCAGUGUCUCUUCCUUCGGACAGAGAAAGGAAGCUGUUUGUACUCGACGGCUAAACCCAGCCCUGGUGUGACGACUGGCGCUGCCUCCGGAUGGCUGAGAGGGAAGACGGGAGGAGGCGAUACUCCAGCUGGGAGGAGGGACAACGGGCCAACUCCGCCGGCGCAGGCCGGAGCAAACCGGGUUAGAGUGCGAUCUGGCCGGAGAUGGAGGAAGUCCAGUAAUGCAGCUGGCCGGGAGAAAGCAGGCGUGAGCAGAGAGAGGCAGCAGAGGAGCAGGGAGGAUCCUGUGGAUGAAAGACAGGAAGAGCGAGACAAAGGAGGCCUGGACUGCAAACAGUUUCCCAGCCCGCAGCGGGACGGCAGGACAUGCUGCCACAAUGUUUCUCCUAAAACCUGUAGCCAGUGCGGAAGGAGAGCACAAAGGAGGGAGAGCCAGGACGAAAACGUGGGAGGUGAAAGUCAGGGAGGAGGCGUCCCGAACAGACUGUACAGCGAGGUGAAGGGAAUGAGGAAGGAGAGGCGAAAGAAUGAAGAGGAGGAGAAGACUCUGGCUGCACCAAACUCUGACCUAGAAUCUAACAGCUCUCAUGGAGACUCUCACAGCAGCUGUGAUGUUGGAGAAAUGAGAAAAGGUGAGAGCAAGAUGAAGACUUCUCACAGCCAGGAUGACGGUUCGGGGGAAGAUGAAGAUACACAUCCUGAUGCUGUGAAAGGACACGACGACUCGAUCCACGGCUCCACACAUAACGACAGAAAACCAGGAGAAGAAGUAGCAUCGAUACUAAAUGGAUUUUCUGAUCAUGUUGAAGGAGAUCAAGACGGUGGAGAGGAAAAAGGAGGCAAGAUUCAGAGUCCUGCUGAAUGCUGCGAGAACAGCAAGUCCUCCGUUCCUGCAGAGGGCAGCAUAUGCAAUGCAGAGGACACCCAGAACCACCGUGGAAGGUAUCAGCAAGAGGAAGAAGCAUCACCUGGACUCAUCAUCGAGCCACAGGAUGAGAACAACACUGUGAACGAAACAGAAAAGUUUUUCUUUAAAAACGAGGAAAAACUUGGUUCAUCUUCACCUCUGAGAGAUCACAGGGAUCUUCCCAUCUCUGAGAGCGACGGUGAAAAAGGAGACGGCAGCAGGACGGUUGAGUCUGAGCCGGAGUCCGUGGAGGAGAAUCACAAAGAAGUAAAGAGGAAUCGUGCUCCAGAUGAAGACAGGAGGUUCCAGGACUCUGCAGACGGAUUCGGAGGAUGGGAGGACGAGGAUGGGAGCAUCGCCCAUGUUGGAUCAAAUCGAGUUACCAACAUCAACGUCUCUCCCCCCACCUCCCUUACAAGCUCCAUGGCUAAUCCUGCCCCUUCGCUGCCCCUCCUGGGAUCCAUGGCAACCGGUCUGCCCUGUCUGGAGGAGGGGAAGGGGAGAGAGGAGGAGGAGGAAGAGGAGGAGGAGGAGGAGGUGUUGGUUCGAGCGGCGGCAAGAGAAGGAGAAGGAGGUCAGGAAGAGGAAAGGAGGAAGCAGAAAGAGUUGGAGAAACAGGGUGAGGAGGAGGAGGAGGAGGAGGAGGAGAGAGACUCCACCGUGGCCACUGAGGAAGGGAGGAAGGAGGAGGAGGAGGAGGAGGAGGAGGAUGAGUUUGGAGUAUUCAUGCAGGCGGAGGGAGAGCCGGCCUGGAGCGAGGGGUUCACCAUGUCUGCCUCAGUGCCUUGUGGGAGCGGAGAGAGUGAUGCUCUGGGAAACCACGCCGUCCCCAGGGAGUCGACCCACUGCACGCCAGGCUGGACAGACGACUCCUUCCACCAAUCAGACGACACCUGGGCGGCCUUUCCUCAGGACCCCCCUCAGGAUGGAGGCCGGGACGCCGUGGAGCAGUGGUGGCCGAGCAGCGCCGCGGAGGAGGGCAGAGGAGGACUCUCCACCAAUCACAACCUGGCGGCUGUCUUUGCUGAAGCCUUCCCCUCACUGCCUGGUUCGUCUUCAAGUGACCUCCAUACUGUUCCCACCCUGACCCAGGUCCUCAGGGGCAGAGCCAGCCAGGACCAGGGGCUGUUGGACAGUUUCCAUGACUUGAACAAAAUGAUUGGCCAGAGAUACAAGAGAGCCAACGGCGUGUCCCGUGACCUGCUGCUGAAGACUUUACACCUGGAGCAGCCCCACACUGAAAGCAGACCUGCUCCCUGGACCGCCAACCGCCGCCUGUCACCUGGCCUCCCCUCGGCCAAUCAGAACGCUGCUGCCAAGCGGCGGCUGUCGUACGACUACAACAGAAACAUUGUGGAGUGACUAAGCGGCGUCAGCUCCGGUCAUGACGUCUUUUUUUUUUUGUUUUUCUCCAGCGUUCACCGGAGGGACUACAGGUUUCACUGAGACUCUCUGGGAGUCAGACACUGACUCUUUGCACACUCCCUGUUAUUUAAGAGAAGAGGUGACUUAUGGAGAUGAAGAGACUCACUUCUUCUGUUGUGUGUCACACGCCGUCUCCUCCAGCUCCUGUCGAUGUGUACCGAUAGAGUGUUUUCAUUUCACCUGUUAACCACCAAGCUGCACAUUUGAGUUACUGACCCUGUUAAUCACAUGUUGUCUGAUUGGAGCAUGAUGCUACGAGGUACUCGCCACCACCACCUCCACCACCACCACGGAUAAGGAGUCCAACCUGAUACUUUCCUCCUCUUGUUUUAUUAUCUGUGAACGUUUAACUUCGGUUUCUCAGAAGCAGAGCUGCUGAAUUAGAUCUUAAACUAAAACAUUUACCUGCAGUCAGUCUCAGUUUAGAGAUGAAUAAGAUAAUCUUGUGUACAUUCACGUUACUGUAAGGUCGGCGUGCCUUCCACGCUCGGAUAGCUAAUUCAUUAGCACACAUUUUUAUUUCCCAGUUCCUUUUUGCAAAACUGGAAAUGUGAGAACUCAGCCCCGAUUCUCAGAAAGGAGACAUUUGUUUUACCUUUAAUUUGGUGGCUUGACCCUUGGUAACAGCAAACUUUAGUCAAACAUGUUGCAACAGCUUCCUCAUUUGUCCUCUCUGCAGCAAAAAUAAAAACGACCCGACGACAUCAGCUGGAUUCAUGCACACGUUAGGUAGAAGUUAACACGCCAUCGCGCCGAAGAGCAAGCGGCUUUAAUUUGGAUUUUUACCGGGAGAUGCAUGUGCUUUCAUUGCUACCGAAAGAGGCCGACUCGUAACAUUUGUUUUCAGAGAAACAAGUUGUCUUCCAGUUAGUGCCAUCAGGAAACUCCAGUGAAAGUGCCAAAGCCUACGAGGAUACAGAAGUGAAACAGAGACACGUUCAGGAGGAAAUGUUUGUCUUGUUUCUCAGAUGCACUGAAGUGGACGCAAACAGCAUGUGAUGGUUCCUUCCUCCCCUUCUCUUCUUUUUCUUUGUCUCUCUCUGUUUCCUUGCUUCCUGUCUGCCUAAUUCAAGUUUUUUUUUGUAGUCGAGUUCACCUCAAGGGCAAAAAACUUGAAUCUAGCUGCCAAUCAAAACAGUAUUUCAUGAGGGUAUUGUUCACAUUAUGUCAAAUUACGUUCAUUUCAACAUGCUGUUAUUUCGCGCUGCGAUGUAUAUUUCACCUGUCAAUCAUUUGUGAUGAAAUUCAGAAACAAUCA